GUGAGCAUCAUCGGUGGCCUGAUGACACUGAGCAUCGACAAUAGCAACCAGGCUUGAGUUAAAAUCAUAAAGCCGUUUCAAAGUAUAUCCUGAGAGCUUCAGGACAGCCGCCGGGAGACAGGCUGCAUCAUGACUGCAAUGGAGGAGCAGGCAGAGACUGGCUGGAUGACUGAAUAACACUGGUCGCCUUCUGAGGAAUAACGCUGCUACUGACCGUUAAAGCGAAGGAGCUGACUCAGCGGUUUAUACAGCAAAGUUGUGAGAGUGGUUGACCCCCUCAACGCUUCUCCAUUAGAGUACUGCAAAAAUACAUCAUGCCGCCCCCAGUCGACAUCGUGAAGGUGGCUAUUGAAUGGCCUGGUGCGAAUGCUCAGCUAAUAGAGAUGGACCAGAAAAGAGCUUUGUCCUCAAUAAUACGGGAAGUUUGUGAUGGCUGGUCUUUAUCCGGCUCAGAGCAGUUUGCUCUGCGUUAUGCUGAUGGCCCUCAGCUUUAUAUCACGGAGCAGAGCCGUAGUGAAAUCAAGAAUGGGACGAUCCUUCGAUUAGCUAUCUCACCUGCUCGUGCCGCCCGCCAGCUCCUGGAGAGGAUCCAGUCUCACGGUAUUGACGCUCGGCUGGAGGCUCUGAAGGAGCUCGCCAAGCUGUCCGCAGACCCAACCUUUGCAGCAGAGUUCAUCAACAUGGAGGGCAUAGGGACUCUGGCACGUCUUGUUGAGAGUGGCACCCACUUUGGUGAGAUGCUGGCCUUCACUCUCACUGCCUUCCUGGAGCUCAUGGACCACGGCAUUGUGUCCUGGGACCUUAUCUCCCUCUCCUUCAUCAAACAGAUUGCAGGCUACGUGAACCAGCCAAUGGUGGACGUGUCCAUCCUGCAGCGCUCUCUGGCCAUCUUGGAGAGCAUGGUCCUCAACAGCCACAGCCUCUACCAUCGGGUGGCACAGGAGAUCACCGUGGGACAGCUCAUCGGGCACCUGCAAGUGUCAAACCAGGAGAUCCAAACCUACGCCAUCGCGCUCAUCAACGCUCUCUUCCUGAAGGCACCAGAGGACAGACGGCAGGAGGAGUAUACUAACCCGCUGGAGCAGCCCCUCACUGAAAUGGCAAGCACUUUGGCUCAGAAACACCUGCGAUCCAUCAUCCUCAAUCAUGUGAUCAGAGGAAAUCGACCAAUCAAAGCAGAAAUGGCACACCAGCUGUAUGUGCUGCAGGUAUUGACCUUCAACCUCUUGGAAGAACGGAUGAUGACCAAAAUGGAUCCCAAUGACCAGGCUCAGAGAGACAUCAUUUUCGAGCUGCGUAGGAUUGCUUUCGAUGGAGAAAAUGACCCCACUGGUACAGAAAAGAGAAAGGCCAUGUACACCAAGGACUAUAAGAUGCUGGGGUUCACUAACCAUGUGAAUCCAGCCAUGGACUUCACCCAGACUCCUCCGGGAAUGCUGGCUUUGGAUAACAUGCUGUACCUCGCCAAGGUUCACCAGGACACGUACAUCAGGAUUGUGCUGGAGAACAGCAGCCGCGAAGACAAACACGAAUGUCCCUUCGGCCGGUGUGCCAUCGAACUCACUCGAAUGUUGUGCGAGAUUCUCCAGGUUGGAGAGUUGCCUAAUGAGGGAUGUAACGACUACCACCCCAUGUUCUUCACUCAUGACCGGGCAUGGGAGGAGUUCUUCUGUGUCUGCAUCCAGCUGCUGAAUAAAACCUGGAAGGAGAUGCGAGCCACAGCUGAGGACUUCAAUAAGGUGAUGCAGGUGGUUCGUGAGCAGAUCACCAGGGCUCUGGCGAUGAAGCCGUCCUCUUUAGACCAGCUGAAGAACAAGCUGCGAGGCCUCAACUAUUCAGAGAUCCUGCGUCUGCGGCAGUCAGAGAGAAUGAGUCAGGACGACUUCCAGUCUCCUCCCAUCAUUGAGCUGCGGGAGAGAAUACAGCCCGAGAUCUUAGAGCUCAUCAAGCAGCAGCGACUCAACCGCCUGUGUGAGGGGAGCUGUUUCCGGAAGCUGGGGAACCGCCGAAGGCAAGAGAAGUUUUGGUUCUGCAGACUCUCACUCAAUCACAAAGUGCUGCAUUAUGGAGACCUCGAUGAGUCACCUCAGGGUGAAGUGCCUUUUGAGCUACUCAGUGACAAAAUCCCCGUCUCUGACAUCAAGUCUGUGGUGACUGGGAAGGACUGCCCUCAUAUGAAAGAAAAAAGUGCUCUCAAACAAAACAAGGAGGUGCUGGAGUUAGCCUUCUCUGUCCUCUAUGAUCCUGAUGAGACACUCAAUUUUGUGGCACCCAACAAGUAUGAGUACUGCAUCUGGACCGACGGCCUGUGUGCGCUGCUGGGCAGGGAGAUGGGCAGCGACCUGACGCGCAGUGACCUGGAUACUCUCAUCAGCAUGGAGAUGAAGCUCCGCCUCCUCGACCUUGAGAACAUCACAAUCCCAGAAGCCCCGCCCCCCGUGCCCAAGGAGCCUAGCUCGUAUAACUUCACCUACAACUACAGCUGAGAUGCGUGUGUGUGCAGUGCAUGUGUGUGUUUGUCAAGGAUGAGUAUUCUUUGAUGAAUUAAGCUGCCGUGGAAAAUACUUUUUUUUACUUUCAGAACCCUGGAGACUUUUCUCCACCUGUGUUUGUAAUGCUGUAUGGUUUGACAAAUAGGAGAUGUUUAUAGCUUCACAGGGAGUUUAGAGGUCAUGGUCCACUACAGAGCCGCCGGUCAGGAUUCAAUGAGUGUUUCUCCUUUAUCAGUGCCGUUUCCAGGCAACGUCUACUCAUUUCUUGCUAUUUAAACUUAUAAACUUGUCUGUAAAGUCGAGUAAUACUUUACCUGAUGGGGGACAUAAAUGAAAGCUGUACAAAACUCCUAUUUAGUCUUUGUUCAAGUAUGUUAUUCAAAUUGAGGCUUAACUGGUCACUCAAUCUGUGUUGUCUCCAUGGCAACAGAAAAUGAAUUAGCUACCUAUCCAGUUAGGAUUCUUUGUUCUCUUUGAUUCAGUCUGUCCCUUCAGACAGACUUACAGUGAAAUGUGACACAAAGUAGAGUGAGUGGGCCGAGAGUUUGCACAAGUGAUAUUCAGCUGGUGUCGUGAUCAAGGUCGCUUCAGUAGGAGGGAUCGUUGAUGUCAGGGGGGAUCGAACAUAACUCCCUAAUCAGUACACCAUCCACCAUCCCUUCGAGGUCUCAUAAAUGUUUAAUAUCUGACGAUCAGUUCAGUGUUUCAAUAGAAAGGUUUGGACAUGCAGUAAUAAAGAGAGCAGGAAACAUAAAUAGUCAACUUGUGUAAGGCAGAAGCAGAUGAGCUCUAAUCUCAGUGUUAUAACAUGUCUCUCAUACUGGGACAUGAAUAAUUUAAAAUGAUUCACCAGGAGUAAAAGAUCUAAAAUGAGUUGUUUAGUCUGACUAAUGUUUUGCAAACCCAAAGCAAUUUUAAUUUCUAUUAUAAAGUCAAAGAAAAACCAGCAGUUACCAACAUUUGAGAAGCUAGGACCAGUAAAUGUAGGUGUUCUUUCUCUUUCUUAGAGGAAUCUUUCGUAAACAAUGAAGUGUUUGUCGUUUUUGCAGAAUUAAGGCCUGUCCAGCAACUUAUCAAUUAUUACUCUACAUGUCUUCAGAUGCACUAAAGUGGUGCUGUCAGCUUAUAUAUUUUCUUGACAUUCAUGCUGCUUUAAAUCACUUCUCUCCUUAGACUACAAACCUUUUAUAGUUUGUAAAACAGUGAGAAGAAGUGGGUAAAUGUAUCUCAUUGAGAAGCUGUUCUGCCGUAAAGAGUGUACAUUUGUGUGUACACGUAUUUGAGAUUUAGUGGUAAUUGUUUAUGUUGAGAGAUAUUUCGUGAGUGUGAUGCUGGGCUAAAGCUCCCACAUCCAACACAUUAUAAAACAUGAAUUACCUUUUUUUAUUCAUAGUCACUGCAUUGCCUUAUCACUCAAAGUCGUUAUAUAUAUUUUGUAACAUUAGCAUUUAUAAGGUAGUACAUGAAUUAUACUAUAAUGUGUGUUGAAAACAUUUUUUGCUGAGAAGCAUUCAUACAUGGCGUAUAAACAGUUAAUCAAUGUUUGAUAACAGCAGUUCACUUGAAAUAAUAUAUAAUUAUUUUUUUUCUUUCUAAAUAGUUACAU